CAGAAAGCAUUAACAAAACACAACAAUCCAGAAAGGCGGGCACUAAGGAAAAUGUUUGAUUUCACAGUCACCUACGAUGAAACAGAGAAAGUGUGGCAUGGCGCCACCAAGAAUCAAAUGUUUAACAAAAAUGUUUCGGUCGGCGAGAUAGCGCUCUUCAUGAUGCGCAGUAAAAAUCCCCAAGAAAUCUGUCAAGUCAGUGAUUCAGAAAAUACGACAUUAACAUAUGGUCAAGCCGUAACUGCUGCCAUACGCAUGGCUCAGCAUUUUCGAACAUUAAGAUUAACAGUGGACGAUGUGAUUGGUAUAUUGGCUCCCAAUACCACCUACGUAAUGCCAGUUGUUAUGGCUGCCUGGUUUAAUGGAAAUGCAUUUCAUGCUGUUAAUCAUGUACUGGAUAAAGAUGUGGUUAAACAUCUGUUUGAUAUCACGAAACCAAAAAUUAUAUUUUGUGAUGGCCAGCAUUACGAUAAAGUCAAAGAGGCAACGAAGAGAUUUAAACCUAAAAUUUAUACAAUACACAAUCAUUUGCCUGGCGUUAACACAAUUGAAGAUUUAUUUGAACCUACCAGAACGGAGAUGUUUUAUCAAGCUGAGCCUUUGAAAUAUGGUCCCAAUCAAACUAUGGCCAUUUGCUGUUCCUCUGGCACAACUGGGCUACCUAAAGGUGUUUGCUUAUCAAAUCGCGUUUGCUCCACCCAAUUUGGUUUAACAAAUGGUUCCAGCACUAUAUUUUCCUUUGCCGAAAUUGACUGGGGUACAGGUCUGUACAAUCUGAUCUGUAAUGUACUGGUUGGUGGCGUGCGGAUUAUAACUACAAAAUCAUUUACACCGCAAUAUAUGCUGGAAAUAAUAAAAAAAUAUAAAAUAAAUUUCCUCAUGACCUGUCCAUCGCAAAUGGCUCAAGUCUCCCUAUCGCCCAGCUACACUCAAAAGACCAUGGCGAAUACACGUUUGAUAUUUAUGACAGGUUCUGCUUGCUCUGAAGCCACACUAAAGCGUAUACGUUCGGUUCUUACUACCGGCUACUUAUUAAAUAUCUACGGUACUACGGAAUCCGGAGGUGUGGCCUAUAAUUAUACAGACUAUAAGCCCAAUUCAGUAGGCAAAAUAGUGCAAAAUGUACAACUGAAGAUUGUAGAUCAAUUUACUGGCGAACGUUUGGGUCCCAACGAAUUGGGUGAAAUAUGUGUUAACUCGAAUAAUAAGUGGUUGGGCUAUUACAAUAACCCCGAGGCCACAAAACAAAUAGUCGAUUCUGAAGGUUUUACUCACACCGGCGAUUUGGGUUAUAUUGAUGAGGAACACUAUCUGUACUUGGUGGAACGUUGCAAAGAUGUCAUGAAAUUUGAACAUUUCCAUUAUUCUCCACAUGAAAUCGAAGAGAUUGUCAUGACCAUACCCGGUGUAGUCGAUGUUUGUGUUUUUGGUGUUUAUGACGAAGAGAAGAACGAUGUACCAGCUGCAGCUGUGGUCAAGCACUCAGAAAGCAGAAUUACAGAAAGAGAUAUUGUGAAAUAUGUGGAGAGUAAAUCACAGGCCUGUUACAAGAGACUGCACUAUGGUGUGUACUUUUUAGAUGAAAUUCCAUACAACAAAAAUGGUAAAGUACAGCGACGCUUGGUAAAAGAUAUUUGUUUGGCUAUAAGAAAAAUAAAGUUUAGUAAUGAUUAA